GUGAAAUCUUAGAUCCUUGUUGAGCCUUAAUGUUAUAUCCCACCCAACAUUCAAUGGGGCUUCGAGAGCACAAUCCAUUGUUGCAAAAGAUAGUGACAUCGGUUGCUUGAAAAGUAAAACAAUGAAGGCACGAUUGUCCUUUGUAGGAGAUAGAUGCUCGCCGAAGCUAAGGACCUGGCAUCGGGGAAGAUGAUUGGCAGUGCUAAGGAGGAGGAUGGACUCUAUAUCUUUGAUGGAGAAACUCAAUCUAAUAAAACUCAAUCUAAUAAAAGAGGUCCAAGAAAUGCUUGUUUGCAAACUGUUUCUUUUUCAAAUAAUAAAGAUUUGUAUUUACUUCAUUAUAGACUAGGACAUCCUAGUUUCUAUUAUUUAAAAAAGAUGUUUCCUCAAUUAUUUCUGAAUAAAGAUGCUUCUUUGUUUAAUUGUGAUAUGUGUGCACUUGCCAAACAUCACAGAAACGCUUAUUUACCCCACAGUUAUA